AUGACUUCCGAUACAUACUCGUUAAGCGAAGUUAUAAGGGUGGCCGAGAUCCAUCCUUUCUAUAAUUCCGAUCGGAAGUAUCCGCCUAGCCCAGAAGAAAUCCAGAAGGCCCUUCAAAACUCACCGACGGAGCCAAAGAAGACAGACCUUGAUUUGCAACCUUUGCUCAAAAAGGAUGACAUUUAUCGUGUCAUCAAAGAGCUCACAAAUGACACAGAUCCGAGAAAUGAAUACCGGCGCAGCGUGUAUAUCAGUACUACAGGGGGAGGCUCUGGUGGGCUACCACUGAUGUUUGCGACAGACACGAAGGAAAACCGCAAGCACAGGGCAUUGUUUGGAGAAUUUCUGAAGAUCUGCAGAGUCAUUGAGCCAAACGACUGGGUUCUCACAACCCACACGUCAGGGUUCCUUUACAGAUCCCUCGAUCUUAUCAGCGAGAUCCUGGAAAACGCGGGAGCAUCUGUUCUCUGUGCUGGGAGUCGCAUGGAUGCCGCAGAAGUUGUCCGUGCUUUGAUCAACUACCGUGUGAAUGUUUUGACAGGGGACAGUAGUCAAAUAAUCCAUAUUGUUCAUCACAUUUCGACCCUUCCCGCCGAUGAGCGAAGUGAAAUCAAGAUCAACAAAGUGAUUUAUACCUCCGAUUUGAUGACAUUUACCCAGAGAAGCUAUGUUUCGAAGGUACUGGGUGGAGUUAAGAUACUGUCGAUUCUGGGAAGUGCUGAGGCAGGUCCGUACGCAAUCAGCAACCCUGACCUCACCGGACGCUGCACUUCUUCAGCAAGAGACUUUGUCUUUGAUACUCGCACCAUGCUCAUUGAGAUUCUUCACCCCUCUAUUGUCAACGAAGACUCUUCCGUUGGGAGAUUUGGGGGGCAGCCGGUUCCUGAAGGGGAACAGGGAAUCAUUGUCCAGACGUCACUGCAGCGUCUGCGCAAUCCUCUUAUACGGUAUAUAACAGGAGACGUGGGGUCAAUCCAUUCAAUCCCCGAGGCUGCCGCUGGAAUUAUUCCGGAAUCAGAACUGAAGCACUUUCGAGUCCUCCGCCUUGGAGGUCGGGAUCGUCGGUUCAGCUUCAAAUGGUUCGGCGAGUAUUUCAAUUUUGAAGGGAUCGAGAAUCUCAUGCAGAACGAGGGUUCAGGCAUCCUACAAUGGCAAGUUAUCCUGGACUCUUUGGAUUCGUCUCCGCAGUCCACUUUGGAGGUUCGCAUGCUUCGUGCGGCUGCAGGUGAUGGAAUUCUGGAUAGAGAAACUUUUGUGGACUUGGUCGAGACUUUCUUUUUCGUCUUCCCUGAAAAUCGACACCUUUUCAAAGUCAACUUCCUUGAUGACCUUGAGGGAUUUGAGAAAAGCAGCACCGGAAGCAAGAUCAUGAAGCUUGUAAAUAGAUUUGAUUAA